AUUCAGUUUAAACUUUUGUGUGUGUUUUAAAGAAGAUGGCUAAGCGCGCUUUGGUACUGCUCUACCCUCAAAACGAGGAGAAUGAGAUCGCUAUUCCUGUCGCUAUUCUUCGUCGCGGCGGGGUUGAGGUCACUAUCGCUGGUCCAAGCAAGGAACCGGUCGUUGGAUCCAGAGGGAUGCUGACCGUUCCAGAAGCAGCGCUUUGCGACGCCAUGAAGAAAGGUCCUUACGACGUUGUCUUGUUGGCUGGUGGUAGGUACGGCUGGCAAUCGCUUUCUGCAGACAAAGACGUGGGUACCGUCCUCAGAGAGCAGGAGAAGGCCGGAAGGCUGAUCGCUGCAAUUUGCACUUCGCCGAUCGCAAUGAAGGCUCACGGAAUCAUGUUCGGAAGACGUUUGACCUCUUAUCCGACGGCGGAGUCGAUGGUUCGCGAAGGAGACAAAUACAUCUACAAGCACGAUGACGUCGUCGUCGAUGGUAACUUGAUCACCAGCAAGGGAAACUACACGACUUUCCACUUCGGUCUGAGAGUGUUGGAAUACAUCACCGACAGUGCCACAACCGCUGAAGUCGCAACGGAAAUGUUGGUGGCCCACUGAAAACUGCAAAGUCUAACAUAAACUCGCCUAUUAACCAUUAACGCAUCAUUAAAAUAUAAUAAUCCUUGAAUGUUCGAAACAUAAAUUGAAUAAAAUCAAAUUUUUUACUUAU